AUGGAGGAGACCAGCCUGGAGUCGGCGACCGAACGACUGGCGAUCCGCCCGAAAACCGUCGACUUUCCGCUACCUCGCGAGAUCCGAGACUUUAUCUACGGCCUCCUCCUCAGCGGUGAGAAGGUGCAAGAUGAGCCGUACCACACUCGCAAUCAAGGGUCGAUCUCGCGCAACAGAAGUGCCGCUCACACAUACUCCUUCCAGCCCAGCGUGCUCCAGCUCAACAAGACGAUCUCUCGAGAAGCGAGCGAGGAGCUCCGCCGCUCGAACUGCUUCGUGGUGGUCUCCUACAAGUGGCCAGGCCUGGAGGAUCUCAUUCACACCUGCGACGUGCCAAUUGUGACGCAAGACAACUCCGCCGUUGCGAGAUUCCAGCACCACUCCAUGCGCAUCCAUCUCCGGCACCGUGACAUCUCACCAAAAGAUACAAGCUGCCAGACCCGUUCCUUCCUACUGCUGCUCCGCGACAUGCCACUCUUCUGCCGUACCAUCCGUUGGGCCUCUCUGGACAAGUCUGCGGCAGGCAGGAUGGUCCUCAAUGUCAAAGAUCCAGAGUCUCCCGUGGAAGAACUGAAUGUCUUCUACGCGCAGACUAGCAGGAACGUCUUCUGCACGAACGUCGACUUCCGCUCAACAACUCGGAAGCCAUUGUCUCCCACGCUUGAGGCAUCCUUGGUUCGUGCCGUUGAAGAUGUGCGCAUGCCUGGCCAGAAAGUGGUUGUUCGUGGAGCAAUCAACCUGUCCGAGACCACCACGCAUUUGCGAUCCACUGCCGGCGCUCCCUAUGUCUUCAUCACAGCAUUGGCGUGGGAUCUGCUCGACAUUGCGCAAGCCCUCAUGAAGACUGCAAACACCUUCGCUGCCGCUGGCCAGCAUGCGCAAGCAGCCCAGCGCUAUUUGGACAUCAUCGCACCGUGUCGCGACAGCUUCCUCUUUACUCCGUCUGAGGUUCUCUUCUUCUCCGACUGUGCGACGCCAGUCGUGCUGCUGUUUCGUGUCUUGAUGAACGCAGCCGCUGCAUACGGCUUUGAGAGGCUCAGAGCGUCGGACAUGACAGGUGUACAGGGUGCCGAUGACAUCGCGCAUCACAUUUCUUACUUCAUCAGUCAGUUCGACGACAGAAACAAGAUUCUUGGCUACGGGGAUGCAGAAAGGGCGACGUGGUUCCUGGUUACUCCGGCAUUGCAUGUGCAAUUGCUGCUCUUACUGAGUAAAGAUCAAGAGACAGAGAAGUUGAGGUCGCUCGUAGCAGCGUUUGGGCGGAUGCGGCAGUACCUGCCGGGUUCAGUGCAUCUUGCGCACGAUGAGGCACUUGUGCGAAGCUUGCUUGACGGCUCUACGGUGAGUGGUACAGGUAUUAUGGAACAGACCAGCGCGUGUGCACUGCCGCCUCCGCUAUUCGAGUUCGAGAUACCACAGCACACCGUCCGACCGCAACUGAAGGGAUGGGUGGUCGAGGACCAACGGGAGAAGCUCAUGGAGAUGGAGAGGAAGCAGGGCGGUGUCCUGGGAUGA